CAUUGCGAACGCCUUUGUGAAGGUGAUUGACACCUGUGGCUGUGAUCGGAACCGAACGAGCUUCACAGCACGGAGAUCAUCUAGCUGUGUCCUUUCCAAAUAUAGUUAAAGUCCUGAGCGAAAGGAACCCCAAACAACCCAGUUAGUUUUGACGUCCACUUGAGACUGUAGCGGGAGGAGAUAGCUAGUUCUGCUAUAAUGGCCUGAGAGCGCAUUGAAGGUCUUUUUACCGUUUUAGGGUGCUGUAUUAAGGUUGUAGAGUGCUCUCUUCUCUGAUGAAGCCUCUGUCGUUCCUAAAUUCCUCCAUAUGCUGGCAUAAUUGUAUUUCAUUGAAGAAUAAACAUUCAGGUUUGAGAAUUAGUUGAAGAGAAUAGCUAGUCGUAUUUAACGAGCACUAUACAGGCAUCCUCUGAAGAAUGUCUGACAACCACACAAAAAACCCAGAUUUGUAUAGUUUUCAGGAGUAAUUACAUAAUCAUCCCAUGCUUUUUUACAUACUAGUGUUUGAAAUCUCCACCAUUGUAUCAAUACCAUACAUUUCUUCAGUAUAUGCAAAUUGGUAUUCAUACCUAUACCAUUUGGAGCUUGGUACCAUUACAUUCCAAGAGAAGACUUUUCUUUUGUAAAAAAACUGACUUCAUCUUAGAUCUGCAAGAUAGGGUUGUUUUUGUGUACCAUCCAGUACCUGGUGGAGAGAUGAUGUGCCUUACACAGAGGUCUGCUGAAGCCUACCCAGAAACUUUGCAGAAGCCUGUAUGGAGGCUCCUGCUCUGUACCCAGAUCAUAUUAGAAGGAUACAGAAUCUCUAUUAUGCUUUAUGUUAUUAAUAUUUCUAAUUCAGUGUUUAAUCAUCUUUUCCCAGUAAGCACUCUUUUUAUUACCUAGGCUGUCAUUUGCAUGAGUGAAUAGAGAAAUGUCACCUGAUGAGUUGAUCUACCUGGGGGUCCUGGCUGUGUCAGUACCCACCGGAUUCCUUUUUCGCUAUCUGAGUCCAGCAGUGAAACAGGCCACAGCGUUGGUCCUGGGCCUCACUGUCAUAGUGACAACCUGUAGGAUCCAUGCUCUACACUCACUGUGCACAGUUCUAGGAACGUGGCUGAUUAUCAAAUUCAGCUGGAGGACUGCUCCCUCGCUCUCCCUGGGAUGGACGUUCCUGUACCUGCUCUUCUUCCGGCUGGUGCCGUGGUUCGGCCUGCCCCCCCCCAGCCCCUUUGCCAACGCCAUCCAGCUCCUGCUCACCCUGAAGAUGGUCAGUUUAGCCAAUGAGGUUCACAGUUACCAUGCUGCGAAGAAAAAGGAUGUGAGCACCUUCUCCAAGUCCUCAGAGAUUGGUCAGCUUUCCCAUGAGCCCUCCCUUUAUGAUGUCAUAUCCUAUAGUUACUGCUACAUUGGCAUUAUGACAGGCCCGUUCUUCCGCUACCGGACCUUUGCGGACUGGCUCGUCCAGCCUGACGCUCUGUCCCUGCCGGGAAAGGAGCCCUGUCUCCAGCGGCUGAAGAUGGUGCCCGUCUACGGAGUUCUCUUCCUCUCUGCCAACUCCUUCUUCCCCCUCUCCUACAUCCGUACGGAGGACUUCCUGGAGCACAACUACUUCUUUAGGCUGUUCUAUAUGGUCGUGAUCUUCUUUGUUUUCCGGAUGAGGUUCUAUGCUGCUUGGUGUGGGGCAGAAGCAGGCUGUAUCAGUGCAGGACUGGGCUGCUAUCCACAGGGGGCGCUCUCCAGACCUGGAGGAGGACCCACCGUCCAGUACAGCCAUGAUCCAGGUGCCCAGGUAGACUAUGACUUUAAGACCAUCCAGAAUAUCGACUGCUACAACACGGACUUCUGUGUUAAAGUGAGACACGGCAUGCACUACUGGAACAUGACUGUACAGUGGUGGCUACGUCACUACAUCUACCCCAACGCACCAUUCAGAGCAUACGCCCUGAGGGCUGGUUGGACUAUGUUGGUCAGUGCUUACUGGCACGGACUCCACGCGGGAUAUUACCUCUCCUUCCUCACCAUCCCGCUGUGCAUUGCGGCUGAAACAUCCAUGGAGGUGUCGGUGCGGUCUCGGCUUGGCCCGGGCGGUCAGCGGGCCUUCGACUGGGUCCACUGGUUCCUCAAAAUGCGUGCGUAUGACUACAUGUGUAUGGGCUUUGUGCUGCUGAAGGCCAGCGACACCCUGAACUACUGGAGCUCCAUCUAUUUCAUCAUCCACGUCAUCGCCCUGCUCUGUCUCGCCAUUGGCCGAGUGGUCGGCGGAGCCAGCAGGGGGACAAAAGGAAGAAAGGAAGGAGAGUGGGCAGCGAAGGGGGAGGAGCUUGUGGCAGAUAAGACUGAAUGAAACUCGCAACGGCGCCUGUCAUGCUGGUCGUGGAAGAGCUGAGACGUUUACACAAGAAAAGAACUACAUAUCCCAACAUGCACUGUGACGUGCCAACUGUUGAUCUGUUGUCAGGGGUUUUCAGUGUUUGUUACUAGAACACAAUGUACUAAGAGGUGAGACAAAGAGAUUGCAAGACCUGCCUUUUUUUCUAAGAAUUGUCAGCAUUUCUCUAACACGUUGAUACUUUACCAGAUUAAUUAACAGGCAUUUAGAUUUGAGUACAAGUCUGUUAUGGAGUUGUCGUUUGUUUGGUUUUUUUUUUUUUUUGCUCAUGUCUUUAUCGUCACUGUGUCAAUUUAAUUAUUUUUUUCACCUGUUUUCAAAAUGAUUUCUCUUACAAAGCACAUUCAGUAUCUGGAAGACAGGGGGCACUAUUGAGACAGACAUUCCCAUGCAUUCUUCGUUUGUCUCAGAACAGUUUCAUAAUGAUCAAGUGGUUGAGGAGUGUUGUUUUGUUGCUAGCAUGUGCUAUUUUUGCAGUUUACCACUUCACAGAGCCAGCUAGGGUCCAAAAUAUAUUCCUGCUACAAGUCUAGUUCUUAUGAUCUUAUGUAUUACUGGGUCUUACAGUUAGCUGGCUAAGCUAUUCCUACCCCUUCCAACCUGGAAGCUGAGUUUAAAGCUCACUGACCAUACGGACCAUCACAUUUUCUCAGUGAUCCUAGCGGAGUCCAAGAUGAGCUAUAGCUGAGUCGUCCAUGGUAAUUCCUCUCAAUUACCAUAUUCCAUCAACUGUUUAAUUCCAUUGAGUGUUUGUUUUUCUCUGGCGUUUUCUCUUUUUGCUUUGUAAGCUCUUGUGUCUUCAACCCUUUCUUUUGAAUUAUCUGAGUGACGUCCCACUGUAGGUCUGACCCCACAAUGUGAUUAAAUGGGGAAACAGGGCUGUGUGUUGCCCAUCACAAAUCACAUGAUGCAGACAAAUCCAGUCAGCAUGCACCAGUUUGUGUUCUGUUCUUCUGGUUAAACUUGAACAUGUUCCAGUUAAAAUUCAUUGUAAAUAUUGUUUCAGAAUUCUAGUGUCUGUCGCUGAUUAAUGCUGUGUCACCCAGUGGAUGUAUUUUAUGGUAUAAUAGUAAUAUAUUUUCUGCUUGUGUGGCUAUAAUAUUAUCUCUUUUAAUGCAGCACAACAGGGUUUACAGUACGAACAAGGGUCAGGAAUCUAUCCAGGGCAAGGGGUUUCUGGGGUUUUGGGUUACUGGGUUCCUGGUUUUCUGUAUCAGCACAGUUCAUCAAUGUAUCAUCACUGUGUUUUAACAAAAAGGAUUAGCUCUUUUUAAAAUAAAUAGCUUGUCAUUGGU